GUCAGCUCCAGUUUUGAAGGAACGAUUGAAAAGAGAGUGGGUUUCUGAAGCUGAUAACAGGGAUUACGUUAGCUCUUUACAAACCAUCUUCCGAGACAUUAUUUGAUAGAGCUGAAUUGAAUUUUGCAUCCUAUUGAAAACUGAACGAGGAUUUAGUAAAAAUGCGUCUGAUCCAGAACAUGUCAACCAUCGCGGAGUUUGCGACCCCAGUGUGUCCGUCCAACCGGACCAUCAAAAUAGCAGUGAUCGGGGGCAGCGGAGUUGGCAAAACAGGUAAAUUGAAAAAUCAUUUGGAUUUAUCAACAGUUUUUCGUUUUACUGUUUGAACUUGUUAGUUUAUGUUAACUGCAUUAAUGAAAUGUAUUUUGUAAAUUCAUAGACUACGUGAUGAAUUUAUGUUAUGAUCCUCUUUUCUCUUCCAGCUCUGGUAGUAAGGUUUCUAACAAGGCGCUUCAUCGGCGACUACGAGAGAAACGCAGGAAACCUUUAUUCAAGAGAGGUCCAGGUGGACGGAGGAGAGCAAGUAGCCAUCCAAGUCCAGGACACGCCGGGUGUUGAUGUAAGUUCACUAUCUGCCUUUUGCUACACAAACCGUUCCCAAAUGCGUUCACUCAGCUUGAAUUGAGCGCUCGAGGCGGCUGCUUUUGAGUGCCUACAGACCAACAUAAUGUAGGCUAGUCUUCCAUAGCCUCUCUGUGAUCAGUGUGAGGUUUUACGAAUAGAUAAUUAUAAAAUCCUACCAUAAAUCAGUAUCUACAGUAGUUAUAUUACCAUAGUAGGCUAUGAGAAGUCUCUGAGAUUUCUGUGUAGAGUUCUUCCCUCCCUUGUCUGGGCACUGGUCCAAACCCGCAGGUUUUUUAUUACUGAAGUACAGAGACUUUUAGUCUAGCCGUCUAAUUUCCCAUUCCCUUCAGCGGAUGUCUGAGCCAGGGGUAAAUGAUACCCCACUUCUGGCUCCUCAAUCAACCUCACCUGGUUCCCCUUCACUCACUCAGCAGCCGCAGGAGAGAGUAGGCUAGGGGCUUGAGAGGAGUUAAGUUACUCCCAGUGGCUGACUAGACUACAGCACUCCAUUCAGUAGAACAGACCUGUUGCAUAAUGAUGGGAAUAUUUGGUCUGGUUUCAAUUUAAAUCACAUAGCUGUGAGGCUGUCCAGGGUGGAUUAUAUAACGUUCAUUAUGUGGGUUCCAAUGCAACAGUUCUCUAACCAUGAUCUCCUCCUUGUUCUCCUCAGCUGACAGGUAAUGGCCUCAGCAUCCCAGAUCAUGUGACCUGCUCCAUCCAAUGGGCCGAUGCCGUGGUGCUGGUCUACUCUGUGACCGACCGCCAUAGCUUUGACCUGAUUGGCCAGUUGCACCAGCUGGUGGCCCGAACAGGUGGGGCCAACAUGCCACCCGUCAUCCUGCUGGCCAAUAAGGCGGACCUGCUGCAUAUGAGGCGGGUGGACGCCGACCAGGGCCCCCUGCUGGCGGCGGCGCUGGGUUGCUCCUUCUAUGAGGUGUCAGCCAGUGAAGACUACAGCCAGGUACAUGGGGCCUUCCACAGGCUGUGCUGCCACAUGGCCAAGCAGCAGCCCACAGCCUUGAUGUCCUCCCACACCACCUCCAGCGGAGCGGCUGAGAAGAAGGGCCGCUCACCCCUUAUCCCCAGGCCCAAGUCCCCCAACAUGCAGGACCUGAAGAGGCGCUUCAAGCAGGCCCUGUCAGCUAAAGUCAGGACUGUCACCUCUGUGUGAGAAGGACUUGGGUUCGUCUACUACACAACGUGGUCCAGAGUGGCUACUGAAAAUAAAUUAAAUGAGGAGAAAAGAGGGCAGAGAAGAUUCCUGUGCCUUGUUUGGGACCUCUCAAUAUGGCUGGAGCAGCCUGACUUGCGAUGAGCAGCAGAGACAAAAUGGAGGCUCAACUUUGACCUCUGACCUAUGUUCACUGACAGACAGAGGUAAUGACCUGUGGGGUGAACAGGUGUCCGCCUGUUUGUCACCAUCACUCCUGUCCUGUCUGAGACUGUUCACUGAGUCUGCAGACGUCUGCUAUGAGAGACGGCAGCUGGGAGGUGUUGGUAUGUCAGCCCACCAGAAGGGACAAAGAGGGAAGCUGAAUGAAGCCUUGAAGGACACUGCACAGUGUUUAUUUUUUCUUGUAACAGUUUUGUUUUUGUUCAGGCUGACACUGCUUGGCAAUGUUUAGAGAGCACUCCAUUGUCAGACAUGCCAAGGACUUGAGUCAGCGCGCUGUGUUUUCACUGUUACAUUUCUCAUCUGUCAUUAUCUCCAGUUCCCCAGUGCAUUCCUUGUACAACAGGCAAAACCAUCAUUUUGCACAUCAUGGUAGUGAACUAUGAGUGGAAGGCAGGAUCACUGCGGGGCAGCAUGGAUUAGACACUGGGCUGGGUGGG